CCAAAGCAUUAUUUAACGGUUCUUAUAUUUACCAAAAAAUGUAUCUAUAAAUUCAAAAAAAAAUAUUUUACAAAUUAUAUCAAAAUAAAAUACUAUUAUAUUUUUAGAAUUUUCAUUUACUUGAAUUAUGAUUUGUUAUUAUUUUCUUUUUUAAAUUUACAGUGUUUUAUAAUUUUCAAAUAUUAUCAGUUAAAAAUUGUGAAAAAAAAUAAAUUAUAAUAUUCAUCAAAUUAUACUUUAAUAAUAAAUAUAAAAAUAAAUUAUUUUUAAAUAUUUCGAAGCAAAGAUCUAAUGAAGAAAAAAAAAAAAAAAAAGUGACACAAUAUUUUUUUCUACCAGCAUUUAUCAACGUAACACGUUGUGAUUAAACUGGUCGAGGAUAUAAUCAGCUUACGAUGGAGUUUCAAACAGAGAUGCCUAAUAAUUUAUCGACAACUGUUGGAAGUACACUGCAAGAUGAUGAAUUUAGAAGGGUCGUUGAAGAACGAAGACAAGAGUGCUUAGAACAACUUGCAAUUAAUACGACAGUUCCAGCUGGUCUUUAUUGUCGUAGUACUUUUGAUGGGUGGUCUUGUUGGCCAAACACUCUAGCUGGAGAAAAAGCUUAUGCACCGUGUCCCUCAUUUAUCACUGGUUUUGACGAGUCACGUUUUGCCCAUAAAUUUUGUGAAGCUGAUGGCACAUGGUUUAAACAUCCACUAUCAAAUAUUGUAUGGAGUAAUUAUACAACCUGUAUUGACAUGGUUGAUUUAGGUUGGCAGCAAAAACUCAACGUUGUUUUUGAAAUUGGCUAUUUAAUUUCCCUCAUUGCACUACUACUGUCACUUGCCAUUUUGACAUACUUUCGCUCAUUGAGAUGUGCAAGAAUAACAAUUCACAUGAAUUUAUUUGCCUCAUUUGCAAUAAAUAAUGCACUUUGGUUAUUGUGGUAUAUUUUUCUGGCAAAUCCUGGUUUACUAAUGGAAAAUGGGAUAUUCUGUCGUUCAUUACACGUGAUACUACAAUAUUUUCUUCUAACGAAUUAUGCCUGGAUGUUGUGUGAAGGUUUUUAUUUACAUACAAUACUCGUUAAUGCAUUCACAAGUGAGCAUAAAUUAGUUAAAUGGCUAAUGGCACUUGGUUGGCCAACACCAGCAAUUAUUGUUACAAUUUACACAAUAUUACGUGCAACAAGUGAUGAUCCAAAAGAUCUUUCACAAUGCUGGAUUGACGAAAGCAACUAUAUCAAUGUUUUAAUUUAUCCAGUUUGCGUAUCAACACUACUUAAUCUUGCAUUCCUUUGCAAUAUUGUUCGUGUUCUUCUCACAAAAUUGAGAGCUGGACCAGCAAUUGGCUCACGGCCAUCUCGUUCGAUGCUUCAAGCUUUACGCGCAACAUUGCUUCUAGUGCCGCUUCUGGGAUUGCAUUAUUUAGUGAUACCCUUUCGACCACCAAAAGGCCAUCCAUAUGCUGAAACAUAUGACGUCAUAUCAGCAAUUACAAUUUCAUUUCAAGGUUUUUGUGUUGCCAUGUUAUUUUGCUUCUGUAAUGGAGAGGUGAUUGCACAAUUUAAACGUAAAUGGGAAGGUUCGGCAUUCAUAAGAAAACGACAAAAUUCAUGCACAGCAACAACUGUCUCGUUUGUCCGAUCAACUGCAGGUCCGAUGGCGGGAGAGGAGAAGGUGUGACUAUCAAUUAGAAUUACCAACAAUACAAAAAGAUGGUAUACUCGUAGAAAAUCAUAAUUCUCCAAUAGUCAUUUCAACUCGUAAUGAUAGUAACAGGAUUAAAAAUUCACGAGGACUUAUCAAACGUAAUGACUCAGCCUACGAUGUCAAUCAGUAUCAGACACAGUGUUGAUUCUACUGAUAGCAGAUAUUAUAAGACUGACAAAUAAAUAAAAAAAAAUAUAUAAAAAAUAAGUAAGAAAAUAUAAGUCAAGGGUCUUCCUGGUGAAUGAUUAUUAUUAUCUCAUCCUUCGAUGACAUCGAAAUAUAUUGACUCGAUCAAGUUUUAUCUUUAUUUAUUUUUACCCUCUUUUGUUCUGGUUCAGCUUUUUUUUUUUUUCAUUCUAGAUUAAUCAGCAACUCGAAUAAUCAAUCGAGGCUUUUUUUCACCAAAAAAAAAAAAAAACUGCUUUAAUUUUAUACCGACAAAUAUUUGUUUACUAUCCAUUUAUUUUCAUCGCUUUAUUUUCAAUGGUAUUUUUUUUUUUUUUAAUUUUGUAAUUUAAAGAAUUUUUGUUUAAUUAAAAAUAAAAAAAAAAGGGUUGAAUUGAAUUGAAUUUUAUUAAUACGUGAUACUUCAUAAUUUGUAUAUUUCAAGUAUUUAUUUUUUUUUGUUAUUAUCGCAUUUUGUUUGAUAAAUAAAUAGUCCUUGAAAAAAGAAUUUAAAUGGAAAAACUAUUGAUACCGGAUUGAUAUUAAUCGGGUAAAUAUUAACAGUUUAAAUUUCUACAAUUUAUCUCAUUGAAUAAUAUAUAGAAUUGAAUUUAAUAUAUAAAUACCAAUUAUGUAUAACACCUGAUAAAUUAAUAUGAAUUUAUACACAAUAUUAUUUUUGGUAAAUAAUAUAUAAAAGUAAAUAUAAUUGAAUAAGUAUUUUAAUAAACUUUUUUUACAUUUCAAUUAAUUAUUAUUCUAAUUAUUUUCCAUGCAAAUUAGUUGAACUAUUUUUUAUUUAGUUUAAUUGAAAUUACAAAUUAAAAAUGAGUUGGAAAUAAUUUAAUGGUUUAAUAUCACAACAAGUACUUGUUUUAAAAUAAUAUUUUAUUUUUAUUUUAAACUUAGUUAUUAUUGCAGUAAAUUAAAAUUGUAAAAAAAUGUAAUUAGUAUGUCAUAAUAAAAUAACUAUUUAUUGUGGAAUAACCAGAUUGUACUUAACACACAAAAUAAAAUAUUUUAAAUACACAAAUUGCUAAAUCAAUAAAUAAAUUCAAAAAAUCAUUAAUAUUAUGUACAAAAAUAAAUAAAUAAAUAUGUAUAAAUGUUGAAAAAUUGUUUUGAAAAAAAAUAAAAAAGAAAAAAAAAUAUAUUAGAUAGUUUAAACAAUUAUCCAGUCAAUUUGUGUUUUAAAAAAAAUCAAGAAUAUUAAUAAAAUCUUUAAUUUAUGUUGUAAAUGUAAUAUAUAACUAUAUAUAAUUAUUAUUUUUUAAAAAAAAUAAUUGUUUAAAGAAAUAAUGUCACUUAAUUCAUAUCAAUGAAAAUAAAUCAAUUGUACAGUUUAAUUUUUUUAUAUUUAAAUAUCAGUAAUAACUUACGUCUGACGAAAAAAAAGAAUUAUCAUUUCGACGAUAUAUAUAUCAUGUUGAAUUAUAAAAAUAAAUAAAUAAAUAAAAUUAUUAAAUGUG